GAUAUCUUUUUCACAUUAUUACUUGUGGGCAACUGCAACUCUCCUUUCAGACAAUGAAGUCUUGGACGGACUUCAAUACUCCAUUAUUCGUAUGGAAAAUGAUCAGCAAGUUCAAUCCCUGAUUAAUGAUCAGGUAAACAAGUUCUGCCAUGCUGAUGAUUAUUUCCAGGAGUAUGUUGUAAAGACAAUAAAGACUGUUGAUCCAGCCCAGUUUUGGUCAGCAUUCGGAAAUCACUGCUCGGAGAUACGGGGAUUGGCGAUUCCUAUCCUAAGUCAGACCUGUGAUGGUGCUGUCAGGUACAGGAUAAACAGGAACUUGGCAGAGAAGUUG